UGAACAACUGUCCAGUCCAGCGGGGAAGCGGAAUUGUAGGCUCGGCGGAUUUCAGUUCGUUUCGAUUUAAUUUUUAAAUUAGACAUAAUUAUUCAAACACCUGUUUAAAGGCUUCGUUGUAUUCAUUUAACCAAGAUGGGCUGCGCUGGAUUCACCUGCUCCAAACAAACUCUGUGCGCCCUCAACAUCAUCUAUGUUAUGGUGAGUCUGCUCAUGAUAGGCAUCGCAGCAUGGGGGAAGUGGUUCGGUCUCGUCUCCAGCUUCCAGGUUGUAGGGGGUGUAAUCGGUGUUGGAGUCUUCCUCUUCUUCGUGGCCCUGGCCGGCCUCAUCGGGGCCAUAAGGCAUCAUCAGGUCUUGCUCUUCUUUUACAUGAUCAUCCUGUUUAUGGUGUUUAUUAUGCAGUUCUCUGUUUCCAGUGCAUGUUUGGCCAUCAACAAAGAGCAACAGGAACACCUGCUUGAAGUGGGUUGGAAUAACUCUCAAAGCACUCAGAGUGAUGUGGAGAAGAGCAUCAACUGCUGUGGCUUCACACAGGUGGACCCCAACGGCACCUGUGAUGCUGCCUGUUUCCGCAACCACUCCUGCUUGCCCUGUGCACAUAAGAUCCAGGAACAUGCUGGAAAAGUUUUGCACUUUGUCGGGGGGGUUGGACUAUUUUUCAGCUUCACUGAGAUUCUGGGAAUGUGGCUCACAUAUCGCUAUAGGAACCAGAAGGACCCCAGAGCGAAUCCCGGUGCUUUCCUGUGAGACAGCAACACCUUAAUCCCUUCUGCACUUUCACCUCACCACCUCUAUGGACUUCCUCUGGGUGUUGACUGUAAUUGCAAGAUUGACCUGUGUGUUUUCCACUUCCUGAAGGAAUUCCACACAUGUUGCCUUCAGUACGACGACUCAACAAAGAGGGAAUAUUGUCCACAGCAGCCUGCUGUAUAUAUAUUAAGUAUUUAUGCAACCUGUCUGACUAUGUUGGCCCUAAACACUGUUUUUGUGAUGCUGGCUUAUUAUACAAAACAGUCAGUCCCACUGAUAAUAAUCUCAAAUACUCAACAUCUAAUUAAAAAAUAAUUAGAAGGAUACAUGUAACCUGGAAGUGUGCGUGUGUGAGUGUGUGUGGGUGCGGGUGCGUGCGUGCGUGUGUGUGUGCGUGUGUCUUCUGUAAAUAUAAACUACAAUGAUGAUGCGGUAAUCCACCUGUCGGAGCCUUGUACUGUAAUCUGCAAUAAAACAAUAUCUAUUCCUCCA